AUGUUCAGGAGUUGUUGGAGAAAUGUCACCCCUUGGGAAUGUUUGACAGUUGCUCAGAAUAUGAGGGAGCUUUACAGACUGGUGCUUGUUGACACACCUCUUACUCCAUAUUUCUCUGAGUGCAUAACUUCAGAGGACUUGGAUGACAUGAACAUUGAAAUUAUGAGGAAUACCCUCUACAAAGCAUACUUUGAGGAUUUCUACAGAUUUUGCCAAAAACUUGGCGGUGCCACUUCAGAGAUUAUGUCUGACAUCCUAGCUUUUGAGGCUGAUAGAAGGGCUGUUAAUAUCACCAUAAANAUUUUCAAAUAG